AUGGCGUCUUUUGAAGAAGCGAAGGAGAUGCAGAGCAGCACGAGAGCCGGCGAGGUUCAGGCGUUCGUGGGGUCGAUCGUUGUCAUCGUGUCGUGCUGCAUUUACCUCGUGUGGGCCUAUGUUCCAAACAGCGUUCUUCUCUCUAUUGGCUUGUCAUACUAUCCCUCAAAGCACUGGGCGUCUGUCAUCCCAGCGUUCCUUAUAGUCACCGUCGUCUGCGCGCUCCUGCUCUACUCGGGCGUUAACCGCCUUUCCGUGCAGCCCGCCUCUUCCAAAUUCUCCAUCCAUGACAACUUUGCACGGAUGCAGCCCCCCAUGACCCACACCAUCUCCCAACCAAUUUCACAGCCACCUCGGCAACCCUCCCAUAGCCCAUCACCACUUCCAUCAACCCUGGACCCGCCGUCCACAGUAUCUGCUCGCAAUAUUCAAAGUGGUUAUUGGAAUAAUGAGGAGGAAGGGGUGCUGCGGCAGUCUGGUUCCACUAGAUAUCAUGGGAUGAGACUCUACCGCUCGCCUAGUGAGCAGGACGCCAUGCUGUUGAGUCGGAGAGCCCCCAUUCCUCCCAUUCAUGACUUGCCAAUUACUCUGGUUAAUGAUCUUUUGUAUGGCUAA